AUGUCUGCCUGGAGGAAAGCCGGAUUGACCUACAACGCUUACUUGUCUGUUGCUGCAAAGACUGUGCGUUCUGCAUUGAAACCAGAAGCUCAAACUGCUGCUGUGUUGAGUAGAGACAGAGUCGAUUCAAAAUACACCAAAUUCGAAAAGGGUGAACCUCAAGGUGAACCUAAGCCCCUCGUUAACUAG